CUAUGCAAUAAUCAGCACUUUAUCUGACCCAACCAUGUGGAACUUUCAAAUGUUACCAAGUAUUCGGCCCCACCAAAUCCUGGCGGCAGCUCAGGUACAUGGAUCCAUGCAUAAUCUUUGUGUUACGUGGCUACCCAUGCCUGCCAUGCUUUCAUCAUCUUACCUAACUUUACUUUACCUAACUUCAUCUUACAUACUUCGCUCAAGCUGGACUACGAGUGACUUACUACUAGACUUUAACGCUAUACCAGUAGCAAGUUACUGACAUGAUCCGGCAUAAUCUGUUUACAUAUCUUUGUAGUCGUUUCUUAAUAUGAGAACCUCAGCGGAUGCUCCUCUGAUCUCGCAUCGGGACGAUGAGUUUGAUGAUGAAUCCCGCUCGGACCUUGGUGACACUGAGGAUGUAAGCACCGAGUGGCCGGCCGGCCGGCCAGGGCUUUUCAUGUGGCUAUUAACUCUAUCCGCCGGCAUUAGUGGACUCUUGUUCGGAUACGACACAGGAGUCAUCUCGGCUACCCUGGUGUCGAUAGGCACAUCGCUCUCCGACCGGACACUGAACUCCCUCGACAAAUCCGUCAUUACAUCGUGUACCUCGCUGUUUGCCCUCAUCGCUUCCCCGAUAUCCUCCGUCCUAGCCGAUCACUUCGGUCGAAAGCCUGUCAUAUUGCUAUCGGACCUGCUCUUUGUAUUCGGCGCCUUGGUGCAGUCCUGUAGCUAUAAAGUAUGGGGAAUGGUACUUGGAAGAUCGAUAGUGGGGGCUGCUGUGGGCGCCGCGAGUUUUGUCACGCCGUUAUAUAUUGCCGAGCUCGCUCCUCCGGCCCAUCGUGGUAGGCUGGUGACGAUGAAUUCUAUGUCCGUCACGUUAGGCCAGGUCGUAGCUUACGUGAUUGGCUGGAUAUUCGCUGAACACGGUGACCCUGCUACAGGAUGGAGAUGGAUGGUAGGCUUGGGUGCUCUGCCGGCUGCUCUGCAGUGCAUUUUCCUGCUAUUCAUGCCUGAAACCCCACGUUGGCUCGUGAAAGUUGGAAAGUCAAUGGAUGCACAGAGGGUUAUUGGGAAGACAAUAGGGACCGACGUAAAUACCCAUUUGAUCAUCAGUGUUGUAAAGGGUAUCGAGAGAGAGCUUAGAGAGGAGCAAGGCAACGCGGCGUUGGCAAGUAAUGGAGUGAAGAGCGGUAGUAGUUGGCUCAGGGGAUGGAAUGAAUUACUCAAAGUGCCAAAGAACCGGAGAGCGCUGAUCAUCGCGUGUUUUCUUCAGGGCCUGCAACAGUUUUGCGGCUUCAACUCGUUGAUGUAUUUUUCUGCAACGAUUUUCACGAUGCUAGGUUUUUCGAUACCAACACUCACGUCAUUGACUGUUGCUGCGACUAACUUUGCUUUUACCGUACUUGCAUUAUUCUUGGUCGACAGAAUUGGUCGUAGGCGGAUAUUGCUAUACUCAAUACCCUUUAUGGUAGCCGGCCUUUUCAUGUCUGCCUUUGGCUUCACUUUGGUGAAACUACCUAAUAGCAGCGCUCCCACACCUGCGAUCACCGAUGUUGACCCGCCGACGUCGUCUCAAAAUGCUGCGGUUGUUAUCCUGAUAAGCAUUAUGCUAUAUGUGUCUUCUUAUGCCAUAGGACUUGGGAAUGUCCCCUGGAUGCAAAGUGAGCUCUUUCCGCUCAGUGUAAGGUCGCUUGGUAGCGGCGUAUCAACUGCUAUGAACUGGCUGGCAAAUUUCAUAAUUGGUUUAACAUUCUUACCCUUGAUGGAUUUGCUGACUCCGUCGGUGACAUUCGGAUUAUACGGACUUAUCUGCGUUGUUGGAUGGUUUGGUGUCUGGAAGAUAUAUCCGGAAACAGCGGGUUUAAGUCUCGAGGAAGUCACUGGUCUCUUAGAACACGGUUGGGGCGUUGAAUAAGCAUGCUCGUGUCCUUUCUGUUGAUGGACAGCUGAUCCCUUGAAGCCAACAGGUGGUUGUGAAGGAUCGGGUUGUUAGAAAACGGUAGCCCGAUGGCCGAGGCCGAUACCAAUACCGAUGCGCAUUCGGCCGAUGACGAAUUUAGACCUACAUCGGAGUGUCCGUCCGCGUGACGUGCUAGGUAAAUCUUCUGUUACGGCCGUUGUCAGCUUUCGGCUUACUCCUCCGUACGUACCGGAAUCGAUGUCUCGCUUAUAACACCCCGCAGCCACAUGUACGUACAUCAUGAUAGAUGGUAAAUUCGGUUUCGCAGCGGCUCGAUCCACUUGUAUAAACAAUCUUGGAUUACAUAUGUAAUAGUAUUAUAGCUUUUCAAUCUAAUUAUCAACUAGAUCUUCUCCAUAGUGUGUAAGGGGCGGAAAACGUCGGUGAAACCGCUGGGCACCAAUACAGAUGUAGCAAAUAUUUGCGGUAACAGCUUUCAUGCAUAAGUAACUACCGCGGAACUCGUAGCGGAAGGGCAUUUAUUGAGUGAAUCCGACGUCCCAUUGCCGAGUAGCCUCAGAAGCGGUCUAUGACCGCUAGAAGUACAUAGAUAAGGCAUACGUUAGGAGCGCGAGUGCCUGUGUAAUUCGUAGUAAUCCGGUAGGAACUAUUACUAUGCAUUCAGAAAUAGAAUCUCACCAACAUUUUG